AUGUCUUCUGUUGUUUAUUAUAAAUUCUUUCAUCAAAAGAACAAAAGUGUAAUUCAUUUCGAUGGAACAGCAAUAAGUGUAUUUGAUUUAAAGAGAGAAAUAAUUACUCAAAAUCAAUUAGGAACAGGUAAUGAUUUUAAUCUACGUUUAUAUCAUUCAGAACAACCUGAUUUAGAAUAUGAAUUGGAUCAAGAUGUCAUACCGAGAUCUAGUUACGUCAUAGUCAGACGAUCCCCCUCGACUUUAAAAGCUGGUAGAUUUAAUAAUGCGUCACGAUAUGUGACUGGGAAACCAAGGAUUAAUAGAAAAGUAAUAAGUAAUGCCCCAGCAGCUGCUGCCCCAGGAGGAGGAGGAGCUCCACCAAGUGCUGGCGGUGGUGGUCCAAUUGAUGAGAAUAUUUCAGAAGAGGAUAGGAUCAAACUUAUGUUUGAAAAUCAAUCCAAUGCAUGGGCACAAACACAAGAUGAAUUAGCCCAUCAUAAAAUGGUGUAUUAUAAACAUCAACCAAACACAGGAAACAAACAAGAAGAUGCUCCACCACCAGGAUAUAUCUGCUAUAGAUGUGGUAAGAAAGAUCAUUGGAUUAAGAAUUGUCCCACGAAUAAUGAUCCAAAUUUUGAAGGUAAAAAAGUCAUGAGAACUACAGGGAUUCCAAAAUCUUAUUUAAAAACAAUUUCCAAAGAAGAAUUAGAAAAGAAGGCAGAUUCAUUAACUACGAAUGAUAAUGGAGAUGUGGUUGAUCAUGAAGGGAAUGCGAUUUUGAUUACAGAUGAAGGGGAAUAUGCAAUUGCAUUGGCUGAUAGUAAAACUUGGCUUAAUUAUCAAGAGAAAUUACAAAAUGCUCAACGGAAAUCAAAAUUGGAAUUUGAUCAGAAAUUGAUUUCAUUAGUGGAACAAGAUAAAAAGUUAGAAUUCUGGGAUCCAUUAUCUACAACUAAGAAAGUAUUGGAACUGCCAAUUGUAACAACUCCAUGUUGUCCUAAUUUAUCUGAUUGUAAAAAAUUAAAAAAUAUAAAUUAUAAUCAAGCUGAAUUAGAAAGAUUAUUAAUUGAUAAUGAUUUCCAUUGUCCUAAUUGUGGGAAAGAAGAUAUAUUUAUUGAUUCAUUAAUCCCAAAUCAAGAAUUAGAAAAAUCAUUACAAGAAUAUAUUCAAUCUAAAGAAGAUGCCGGAUUGAGAGAUCCAACAAAAAGAUCAGCUCAAGAAUUAACAGAAGGUGAAAAUGAAGGAGGACCAGACUUAAAGAAACAAAAGACCAUCGCUACCAUGAAUGAAUUCCCUCCACCAAUUCCUCUUCCAGAUAGUGGGAUGUUCGUACCAGGAAUGCCACCAAUUCCAUUUGGUAUGCCCCCACCCCCAGGCAUGCCCCCAUUACCUAUGGGAAUGCCACCACCACCUCCUGGGAUGUUUUUUCCUCCUGGGAUGCCGCCGAUCUUACCACAUGGGAUGCAACCGAAUCAACAGCAGCAACAGCCACAAUUUCCUGGAAAUCAGCAGAAGUAG